UUAUUUCUCUCGUGCUGUCUUGCAAGCAUGGAGGUGCACGGUGAGCGCGUAUCCGGUCCUACAGCUUCGUCGUCUUCUGGGGACCGCUCGCAGGUCACGGUGUCCAGGGAGCUGCUGACCGCGGGGAGCGCGGGUUCGGGAGGUAUCUGGGACCAGUUGCUCAUCAGCGCUAAGCCCCAUCCCAGGAAGACCUCUACUGUUCAAACAGUUCGGAUACAGAGGAGCCCUUUGUUAGACCAAGUGCAGGCGUUUCUCCCACAGCUGGCCCAGGCCAAUGAAAAGCUUCGGAAGGAAAUGGCAGUUGCUCCAGCAGAUCGCUUCAAUAUUGAAAACACCGACGGGACAUCCGGGAACAUCAUACAGAUGGAUGUGGCCUUAUUUGAGAUGAAUCGGUCAGCUUCAAAGGAAGAGGACAGCUCAGAAGAGAGCUCCCCUGACAGCUCCACGGACGGCUCAGAGUCUGAAGACGAAGACUGCACCCCCUCCGAAGUCACAGUGGACAACAUAAAGCUUCCGAGUGCAGAAGGUGGCAGAGGCAAGAUUGAAGUGUUAGACAGCCCGGCAAGUAAGAAAAAGAAGCAGUGAGGUAGAGGAAUGGAAGGAGGCAGGAGCCGCACCUGCGACCUGUGGGGGAGGGCGGCUCCCAAGGUGUGGUGCCUUCAGUGUCAAAAAGGAAAAUUCACAAAUUUGGGGGUGUUCUAAAUAGAAAGUGUUCAGACUACAGGGAGGGUGGUGCCCUUGGAAACUGAGAAGGGAAAUAUGGAAGAAAUAACUUGAUUGGCUACGUGCAGACAUUUGCCCAAGUUGGCAUGGUCUGAACUGGGAGGUCUGUGACUCAUUGAAGCUCAUUUAUGCUAAAAUUGGGCUAUUGGUUACAAAAUUCCCACUUCUAAAUUGGAGUUUGGUUGGUUUGUGAACCAAAGGCGGGUUACAGUUUGUUAUAUAGGAACUGGGUACUAGAACCAGUCCAGGAUAAUGACCCCCUGCCAUUUAAGGUGUUCUUAUUUUAUCUUAUUGAAAAAAACCAAAACUGCCUUUUAAAUUUUGUAAUGGGCAGCAUUUGAUUGACAUCCUGUGAGGGUAGACUGACCUUUGCUCUUGCUGUGAAGAGGUUUAAUGUUUACAAAUAUCUGCUAUAUCACUGUGUACAUACAUGUUGGUGUAUGAGUUAAUGUAAACAUUGUCUUCAAACUGUAAUGGCACCACAGCCUAAAAAAUGACUCAGGUUCUGUUA